AUUUUGUUGAUUUUUUUGGGAGUUGCGUUUGUUUUUUGCUAAAACAUGGAUAUUGCUGAUGCCAAUGUUGGUCAAUUGCGCGUUAAAGAUGAAGUGGGCAUUAGAUGUCAGAAGUUAUUCCAGGAUUUCCUUGAGGAAUUCAAAGAAGAUGGAGAAAUAAAAUAUGUUAAACCGGCUGGAGAUUUGGAAUCACCGGAUCGCUGUACUCUGGAAGUCAGUUUCGAUGAUGUGGAAAAAUAUAAUCAAAAUUUGGCCACAACCAUUAUUGAGGAAUAUUAUAGAAUUUAUCCAUAUCUGUGCCAAUCUGUAUCCAACUUUGUAAAGGAUCGCAUUGGUCUAAAAACUGAAAAAGAAUGUUAUGUAUCAUUUACUGAGGUGCCAACACGCCACAAAGUGCGUGAUAUGACCACCUCUAAAAUUGGAACGUUAAUUCGUAUUUCCGGCCAGGUGGUACGCACACAUCCUGUCCAUCCCGAACUGGUUUUGGGUACAUUUAUGUGUUUGGAUUGUCAAACGGAGAUACGCAAUGUGGAACAACAAUUCAAGUUUACCAAUCCGACAAUUUGUCGCAACCCGGUGUGUUCAAAUCGUCGUCGUUUUAUGUUGGAUGUUGAGAAGUCUUUGUUUGUGGAUUUCCAAAAGAUUCGCAUACAAGAAACUCAAUCUGAAUUGCCCAGAGGUUGUAUACCACGUUCUGUGGAAAUUAUCUUACGUUCUGAAUUGGUGGAGACGGUACAGGCUGGUGAUCGUUAUGAUUUUACGGGAACGCUGAUUGUCGUUCCGGAUGUUGGUGUCUUAAAUAUGCCUGGAGCCAAGGCAGAUCAGGGAUCACGCCACAAGGCGGGUGAGGGUCCUGAAGGUCUUACAGGCUUAAAGGCUUUGGGUAUGCGUGAACUCAAUUACCGCAUGGCCUUCUUGGCUUGCAGUGUCCAGGCUACAAAUGUACGUUUUGGUGGUACUGAUUUGCCCAUGUCUGAGGUCACAGCCGAAGAUAUGAAGAAACAAAUGACAGAUGCUGAGUGGAAUAAAGUUUACGAAAUGUCCAAGGAUCGUAAUUUGUAUAAUAAUCUCAUAUCGAGUUUGUUCCCCUCAAUUUAUGGCAAUGAUGAAGUGAAGCGUGGAAUUCUACUGCAGUUAUUUGGUGGUGUGGGUAAAACCACACAUGAAAAAACAACUUUGCGUGGUGACAUUAAUGUGUGUAUUGUGGGUGAUCCCAGUACGGCCAAAUCACAAUUCCUUAAACAAGUGGCCGAUUUCUCGCCCCGUGCUGUCUAUACCUCUGGCAAAGCUUCAUCAGCAGCUGGUCUUACAGCCGCUGUGGUCAGAGAUGAGGAAAGUUUUGAUUUUGUCAUUGAAGCCGGUGCUCUUAUGUUGGCUGACAAUGGCAUUUGCUGCAUUGAUGAAUUCGACAAAAUGGAUCCCCGUGAUCAGGUGGCCAUUCACGAAGCCAUGGAACAGCAAACCAUUUCACUGGCCAAAGCUGGUGUCAGAGCUACUCUUAAUGCUCGUACUUCCAUUUUGGCUGCUGCCAAUCCCAUCAAUGGCCGCUACGAUCGUUCCAAAAGUCUGCAACAAAAUAUCCAGCUUUCAGCUCCCAUUAUGUCCAGAUUCGAUUUGUUCUUUAUUUUGGUUGAUGAAUGCAACGAAGUGGUGGAUUAUGCCAUUGCCCGGAAAAUUGUUGAUCUCCAUUCCAACAUUGAGGAUAAUGUAGAGAGAGCAUAUACCAGGGAAGAGGUAUUACGUUAUAUUACAUUUGCUCGGCAAUUUAAACCCAUCAUUAGCAAGGAAGCAGGGGCCUUACUCGUCGAGAACUAUGGUCAUUUGCGUCAACGAGAUACUGGUACUGCUGGUCGCAGUACAUGGCGUAUAACAGUACGUCAGCUGGAAUCAAUGAUACGUUUGAGUGAGGCCAUGGCCAAAUUGGAAUGUAUGAAUGAGGUACAAGAACGUCAUGUCAAGGAAGCUUUCCGUUUGCUUAACAAAUCCAUUAUCCGUGUUGAACAACCCGACAUUCAUUUGGAUGAUGAUGAUGUCGAUGAGGCAUUUACCGGUGAUGUGGAUAUGGAACAAAAUGGUGGUGGUAAUGGUGUAACCGAGGAAGUCGAAACAGCAGAUCCUGAAGCUGAUGCCAAUGGUACUGGUCAAGUUCAAAAGAAAAAACUUACCCUUUCCUUCGAAGAUUACAAAAAUCUAUCCACCAUGUUGGUGUUGCACAUGCGUAACGAGGAGGCACGUUGUGAAGUUGAAGGCACCGAUUCGGGCAUGAAACGAAGUGAUGUGGUUACAUGGUAUUUGGAACAAGUAGCCGAUCAAAUUGAAUCCGAAGAUGAAUUGAUUUCUCGCAAGAAUCUUAUCGAAAAGGUUAUCGAUCGUCUUAUUUAUCAUGAUCAGGUUAUUAUACCGCUUAAGACUACCGAACUGAAACAGGCUGGUAAAAGUCCUAAACGCACCGAAGAAGAUGAGGAUGAAGAUGAUCCUCUAUUGGUGGUACAUCCUAAUUAUAUUAUAGAAUAAGAGAAUUGUAAUAUA